AUGAAGGAUAAUAUAGAGAGAUCAAGAGAAAUAGAACAAUACGGAUAUGAUAAUGAUUUAUCUGAAGACCUGCUGAACCUGUUAUGUCGAUCACGAAAACACUCAACUCAAAUUGAAGGAUUUACAAGGAAAACCCUUCCUGCAUUUACUGCAUCGCUGACAGCAACAAAAGCACUUGGAGCAAGAGAAUUUAUAAAGUUUGACAAAGUCUGGCUGAACACGGGGGAUAUUUAUAGUCCAUCAACAGGCGUGUUCACAGUACCAAUGGAUGGUCUAUAUUUGGUGUCAAGUUCUUUGAUGUCUGUUAAAGGAAAACAUCUACACUGUCACAUGUGGAGGAACGGUCAGUCCAAUGUCGGAGCGUUUGGUACAGGGUGGUCUCAAGGGACUCUAAAUGCUGUUAUGGACUUGAAGAAAGGUGACACACUGUCAAUACGUCACCACAAUUCCAGUGGUGAGGAUGUUUAA